ACUCCCUCACUCAAAAGCUUCUCCUGCCUGUCCUCUCCUUCUCAGCGUCGUCGUCUCUCUAACUUUUGAAGCGGGCGUCACCACUCCCUUCUUACUAACACAUGUCCUUCAGCCUCCUUCUCUCUCUCUCUCUCUCUCUCCACCUCUGCCCCUCUGAACCUCUCUUUGAAAUUCGAAGCUCCGCCAUUUCCAUCGGACCACUCUCUCUCUCUCUCUCUCUGGCUCUAAAAAUCUAAAUAUUUUUAAAAAAUAUAAAAAAUAAAUUAGGAGGUGGAGUUUGGUUUCUUUCUUCUUCGGUUGGUCUUGAAGAUCGCUCGGACCCGAACCCGAUCUUGGUGGCUGAAUCUUCGAAGCAGAGAAGGUUGGCAAUUGGACCGAGCAAUCCGUACCUCCUCCUCUACGUACGUUCUACCAUGUGGUUUGAGAUUGUUUGGUGAAUUUUUGGGAAAAAAGAAAAAGAAAAGAAAGGAAAUUGUUGCAUCUUUGGCGGUGGGCCAUCAUGAGUGCUGGUGGUGGUAAUCAGAUGAUCUCUGUUCUUCCGGAUGAGCUCAAAUUCCAAUUUGAGCUGGAGAAGCAAAGCUUUUGUGAUCUAAAAGUUGUCAACAACACAGAACACCAUGUUGCUUUUAAGGUUAAAACCACUUCACCUAAGAAGUACUUUGUACGACCCAACACUGGUGUUAUACAGGCUUGGGACUCAUGUGUCAUCAGAGUCACCCUCCAAGCCCAACGAGAAUAUCCUCCAGAUAUGCAGUGUAAAGAUAAAUUUCUCCUACAGAGUACAACAGUGCCCCCAAAUACUGAUGUUGAUGACCUCCCGCAAGAUACUUUCACCAAGGAAGGUGGAAGGGCAUUAGAGGAGUGCAAGCUUAGAGUUGUGUAUAUGACUCCUGGUUUAGCUCAAGGAAACUCAGAAGAUGAAGCUUUAAGGAGCUCCAUGCAUGGUCUUGAUACUAAUUCUAAUCAGGCUUUCCAGCGCCUGAAGGAUGAAAGAGAUGCAGCUGUUAGACAAACACAGCAACUUCAACAGGAACUGGAUAUACUGAAGAGGCGAAGAUUUCGGAAAGGUGACCCAGGCUUCUCCUUCACCUUUGCAAUUUUUGUGGGACUCAUUGGACUCAUGGUUGGCUUCCUCUUGAACCUUUCAUUAUCUUCACCAUCUACAGAAUGACUUGACAUUUAUUCAGGACAUCAGGAAAUAUUUUCUUGACAAAUUCUUUGUAUAAUUUCUUUAUCUUCUGUUUGAUGGAAAGUUUACUUCCUUUUUUUGUAUAUUGAUGAUGAUUGUUGCAAAUUUGCAUCGUGAUUAGUUGAUUUAUUGAAUAUGUUUCUAUUUCAC